UUUUCUUUUUGUCUUUCUUAUUUCCGCUUUUGAAAAAAAUCAUCGCAAUUACUUAUCGAAAAUAAAAUUAUUUAAAUAAGAGAACGAAGGAGUAAGAUAAUCGUACGUCGAUUUGCUUUUAUCGAUAAGAAAGAAGAAGAAAAAUAGAGAAAGAGAGAGAUAGAUAGAGAGAGAGAGAGAGAGAGAGAGACGAAAAAGAAAAGGAAAACAAAAUUUUUCAUCUUUUAAUUUUGAACGAUCGUAAAACUUCUCUCAUUGGAUCAUCGCGUGAGCGGAUGUGGAUUCGCCGAUGUGACAAGAGAAUACAGUCAUAAUGAUAGACCGGAUAUGACGAAGAGAUUGAGAAAGAGAGAGAGAGAAAGAGAGAGAGAGACGAAAUGAGAGAAGAUCUAUUCAUUCGUGACAAUUGAAUGAACGUGUGUGUGUGCGCGAUAGUGACUCAUAAAUCAUAAAUUAUCGAUUUUAUUGCCAAGAGAUUAUCAAAUAUACAUAUUCAUAUAUAUAUAUAUAUAAAUUUAUGACAUUAAUUUAUACAUUGAUUUAUUUGACAUUAUGUAUUGUAUUUUUUGAAAGCGUCGAAUCGUGUUCGUGUAAAAUUUUAUUUGGAGGAUCGAUCGAUCAUAUUAAAAGGAAUAAAAAGAAGAACAAGGAAGAAGAAAAAGAAGAAGAAGACGAAGAAGAACUAAAUGAGGAAAACAUGAAAUAACAACGAAGGUAAAGAGCAAAAAAAAAAAAAAAAAAAAAAAGAAAAAAAAAAGAAAAGGUUGAAUAAAACCCCGUCGCUUAUAUCAACUCCGUAAAAAAGAAAAUACAGAAGGAGAGAGAGACAGAGAGAGAGAGAGAAAGAUGGACAAAUACGGAAUGGAGUUUCCCAAACGUGAUUGGAGUCACAGGCUCAGUUUGCGUGGCAGUAGAAGAAGUCAUCAGAGCGAGAUCGUAGGAAGCGGAAGGUCGACAACUGGAUCAUUGAAGAGUACAAGAAGAUGGGCGAGUCUUCGACAACAUACCGUAAACAAUGACGGUGGUAAACCACGAGUCGAAUUACUUCUCGAUCCACCAGGAUCGAAACCUUCGACUCCUUCGUCUCAGCCGCAUACUCCACAUACACCUAAUACACCAAAGACACCGCACACUCCUGUUAAGAAGUCUAACUGGGAGGUUAUCGAGCACUUUACUGGCCCACCUCGUCCCUCCAUUAUCACGAUGAACAGAGGAUCGGAAGUCGGUGUUGGUAUCAAUGUCGCCGGAAAGGAACCAAUACCGGAAAUUGUCUCUAGUCCGGGAAUAACUCUACCACCUACUGGAUGCGCCCUAUGCAGAUUUCUAAGCUCUCUUUGCGCGUCUCAUCGAUUCAAAAAUCUCCAGGUGGAAAUGCUCUACCAACGUUAUUUCCUUCGCAUGAAUCAGAGUAACAUGACACACGUGCUCGGUCUACUGGCAGGAUUGGCAUUCGCACUGGGCCUGCUACUCUUCGUUAGAUUGAUUUUAACCAACGGCGAGCCUCUACUUAUGCUUCUACGACGAUCCGAAAAUCUUUCCCUAGCAAUUACCCUCAUCAUAUGUAUCAUCGUUUACGCAGCAUUGGUCGCGACCAUUUCGAGGCCCGGUAUGAACGAGAUUUGGUUGGCCGUCGUCAGCGGUGCCGUAUUGGUUACACUGUUGGCCUUACAAGUGACCCUGAACAUUCAUUUGGCCUAUUUGCACGAGAUACAACAGAAAAAUUACGAGGACGACGAAAACAUCGGGGAAACGUCGUCGUCAUCGUCAUCAUCAUCGUCGUCGUCAACGUCGUCGUCAUCGUCGUCGUCGUCGUCGUCGUCGUCGUCCUUGCCAUUGCCGUCAUCAUUGUCAUCGUUGCCAUUGUCGUCGUCGUCGACGUCGUCGUCGUCUAUGCCGUCCUUGUCGUCAACUACAUCGUCAUCAAUGCCAUCUUCAUCGUUUUUGUCAAUGUCAAAAGAACUACGUACCGGUGGACCAUUGGCGGCAGCUUGGGCUGUCUGCUUUUUCAUCUAUAUGGCUUAUGCCUUAUUACCGAUUAGGCUUAGGCACGCCUGCAUCGCCGGAAUCUGUUUUUCGAUCGCUCAUCUCGUCGGUGCAUUGUUACUCUACCCACAGGAUUAUCCUGCUAUAAUGGCUCACCUUCUCAGCUCAAUAGUCGUGGUAGGUGGUACUAACGUUGCUGGUGCGCUGACACAUCAUCCUAGAGAACUGGCUCAACGGCAGGCUUUCCUUGAGACCAGACAGUGCGUCGAAGCACGUUUAACUACGCAACGUGAAAAUCAGCAACAGGAAAGAUUAUUGCUGAGCGUACUUCCAAGGCAUGUUGCAAUGGAGAUGAAGGCGGACAUUGCUGGUAAACCAAAAGACACGAUGUUCCAUAAGAUUUACAUUCAACGACACGAGAACGUUAGCAUUUUAUUCGCAGAUAUUUGCGGUUUCACCUCACUCUCCGACCAAUGCACAGCAGAAGAACUCGUCAGAUUGCUCAACGAGUUAUUCGCACGCUUUGACAGAUUGGCUGCCGAGCAUCACUGCCUCAGAAUAAAACUCCUUGGAGAUUGCUACUAUUGCGUUUCGGGUCUACCAGAACCAAGACCCGAUCAUGCCCACUGUUGUGUAGAGAUGGGAUUGGAUAUGAUUGAUGCGAUCACACUGGUGCGUGAAGUAAUGGCUGUUAAUGUAAAUAUGAGGGUUGGUAUUCAUACCGGACGAGUACUUUGCGGAGUUCUAGGCUUGAGGAAAUGGCAAUUCGAUGUUUGGAGCAACGAUGUUACUUUGGCUAAUUACAUGGAAAGCGGUGGAAUACCAGGUCGAGUGCACAUUACAAAAGAGACCUUGGAUUGCUUGGGAGGAUAUUACGAGGUCGAGGAGGGACGUGGAGGAGAGAGGAACUCUUAUUUGAAGGAGCACAACAUCGAAACUUAUUUAAUCGUUCCUGGUGAUACCUUUAAAGACAAUGUACCUGCAUCUGGCAUAAAAAAAGGAUUCACGAUAAAUGGAAACGUUUCGAAGGAAAUGAGAGUUAUGGGUCAUGGAUCGCAACAUAGCAAACAAAUCAAAUUAGGAUUUGGCGAAAGUGUCGAAUGUGAAAAAGAUCCGGAAGACGAAGUAAAUGAAUAUCUGAUGAGAGCUAUUGACGCAAGAAGCAUCGACCGUCUCAGAGCUGAACAUUGUACGCCUUUCAUCUUGACGUUUCGAAGGCCCGAUGUCGAAGAGAAGUAUUCACGAGAAAGAGAUAGGAUGCUUUCCGCCUACUUCGUCUGUUCCGGUUUCGUUUACAUGGUAGUUGUGGUUGCCAUCGCCAUUACUCUUUCCGGGAGUAUAUAUUUCUACGCGUGUACCGGUGUGAGCGUAUUGGUUAUAGCUCUGGUAAAUGGCAUUCUACUUGCUGAGAAAAACGAGACGGUACCUCAAUGGGUGAGGAACACGGCUUUGAUGAUCUUUGAAAAUCGAACGAUCGCCCAGAGCAUUGCCGCCAUCGUCGUCUUUUUAACAUUCAUCACCGUUCUUUCACCUUUGGUAAAAUUAGACGGAAGCGAAGCAUGUGGAAAUAAUACUUUGACUUCAACCACCGAAUGGCCUGACAAUUCUAGCGUAAUGAUUAAAAAAAUCGAGACCAAAGAUGGACCGUGUUACUACUCUCUAUUCUCCGACCUAUUUCCCGUUCUGGUGAUGUUAGUUAUGGUGACCUGUGCGGUAUAUCAAAUUUUAACUUCGGUCUUCAAGGUCGCCGUAUUGAGCAUCGUCGUGGCCUGUUAUUUAGGUGUUAGCAUUUAUCAAGCUAUGAACGACGAUCGUUUAGACCUCGCCGAAAAAUGGUUGGCCGGUGUUUUGGUGGUCUUUUUUAUGGCGUGUCUGGUUGUACAUUCGCAACAUACCGAAGCGACCUACAGAUUAGACUUCCUAUGGAAACUCCAAGCAACCGAGGAGAAAGAAGAGAUGGAACAUCUAAAGGCCUACAAUCAAAAAUUAUUGGCGAAUAUUCUACCGGAACACGUGGCCGCACAUUUUCUAUCAACCGUUAAUUCCGACGAGCUCUAUCACGAGCAAUGUGACUUCGUUUGCAUAAUGUUCGCCUCCAUCCCAAACUUUUCGGAAUUCUAUGUCGAGUUAGAGGCAAAUAACGAGGGCGUCGAGUGCCUUCGACUUCUCAACGAAAUCAUCGCCGACUUCGACGAGUUACUAGCUGAGGAGCAAUUUAAGUACAUCGAGAAAAUUAAGAGUACUGGUGCCACCUAUAUGGCAGCAUCCGGCCUGACGAAAAGCACCUGCGACAUGAGGGACUACAAACAUGUGACCGCGAUGGCGGACUAUGCUUUAAGAAUACGCAAACAGCUGGCUGACGUUAAUGAACAUAGUUUCAACAACUUUAGGAUGCGUGUGGGGAUCAACAUAGGACCGGUUGUUGCCGGGGUGAUAGGCGCAAGAAAGCCGCAAUACGACAUUUGGGGUAACGCCGUAAACGUGGCCUCGAGAAUGGAUUCUACUGGAGUUUUGGAUAGGAUUCAGGUCACCCGCGAGGUUCAUGAUAUUCUAUUGGCCAAAGGUUAUCCACUUACUUGUCGUGGUAGUAUACAGGUUAAAGGAAAGGGUAGUAUGAUAACGUAUUUUUUGAAUGGACCACGUGAUACCACAAAGACGAGGAAUAACAAUGGUACAGAGAUGUUAAAUAGGACCAAUUCUAACAACAACAACAACAAUAACAAUAACAACAACAACAAUAGCAACAGUAACGACACUGACGUUAACGAAAGAACUUCCUCGCCCAAUAACGGAGCAGUACUUCUUUGAAGAAGAAAAAGAAGAAGAAGAAGAAGAAGAAAUUUAAUUAUUCAAGAAAUGUUAUUAUAACAAUCAAAUAUCAUCAUUUUUUGUCCUUAAUUUGUCAGUGUAUCUUGUAAUGAUAAAACUUUGAUUAUCUGGCCAAGCUAUUCGAUAUUUUCGAUUAAGCAAUUAAUACGAUUAUGUGAAAUAGAAGAUGACAAAGAUAAAGAUGAGAA